UCUUCGACCUGUGAACAAAAUGUCCUGUGAUAUAUUACAAAUUAAAUGUGAUGGUUGCAAAGACGUAACACAUGAACCGUAUAUUGAAUGCUGUGACUGUGAAACAAACCUAUGUUGUUCCUGUUUUGCAUCUGGCAAAGAAGUCGAUUUACAUAAAAAUGACCACAAGUAUGCUGUGAGAAGAAACGAUUUCCCACUUUUUGACAACUGCAACUGGUCAGCAAAGGAGGAAUGUAAACUUCUUACUGCUUUGUCAACAUAUGGUUAUGGAAACUGGGAAGAAAUAUCUAAAAGUGUGCAUUCACGAUCCAAACUAGAAUGUUUAGAACACUAUAAAAAGUAUUAUAUUGAAAAUGUUCCUUUUGAAGAAUUAAAAUUAUUACCUGAAACAGAUCAAUCUCUUUUUCCUCAACCUGUUAUACCUUAUCUGUUCAACAUGGAGAUUAGUACCAAUCCACCUAGGAACAAUCAAGGUGACAGACAUUUAGCUGGUUAUAAUGCAUAUAGAUCAGAGUUUGAACUAAAUUAUGACAGUAAUGCUGAAAACAUUUUCACUAUAGAGGACACCCACUCUGAUGAUGAAGAUGAAUGUUUGGAUGCUCUAAAAGUUAGCCUCGUGAAUGCUUUUAACACUCGCCUUAAAGAAAGGCACAGAAGAUAUAGCAUAAUUCAAAAUCAUGGACUGAUUAUGAUAAAUAAAUUAUUUUCAUGGGUGAAAAAGUUUGAUGUAACUCUCACUAGAGCGAAGGCAGAACGUCUGCUAGUUUUUAUGCAGUUUAUGACAGGCAUGCAAUUUGAUGCCUUUAUGGAGUCAAUGAGUCUUGCAGAAGCAUUGUUGCAAAAAUAUAUACUUUUGACAGAGUAUCGUAAAAAUGGAAUAAAAACAAUGCAGUCAGCCCGCCUUUACCGACACUUAAAGUCUGAACACGAGUCAGCAUUAAAAGAACAAAGAUAUUACUCAAUGGUCAUGGCAAGAAAAUUUGAGAGUAAAUCACCUGCAAAGCACAAAUUCAGUCUUAAUCAAAAUUUCUUGCCUACUCCAGGCAAAAAAUACAAAAGGUCCCAUAUGCCCUUAGAUAUUAUCGAUUUGCCAGGUUAUCAUUUGUUAUCUGAAAGUGAAAAGACACUAUGUGCCCAUGUCCGAUUAGCUCCUAGGAAUUAUUUAGAGAUUAAGAAUACAAUGAUAGCUGAAAAUCACAAGUUAGGAUUUUUAAGGUUACUUGAUGCACGAAGAAUUGUUAAAAUAGAUGUGAAUAAGACACGGAAGCUGUAUGAUUACCUAAUUGAAGAAGGAUUUAUAUCAAAACCUUUAAUGACAUAGUUGGUAAUUAAAUACUUAAAUAAUAUCCAUCUAUCUCUGCUUACCUUAAAACCAAAUUUUUGAUAUAGAAAUAUGGCUGGAUUUGUAGGAGAGACAUGCAGUGUCACAUCCUGGCCAGAGCAUGUCUGAAACAAGAUUUUUCAAUAUAUCAAUCUUUUAAUUAUAAAGUAAAUAGUUCUUUUUUUUUUCAAAAUGAAUAGCUGCAAAUCUAAACCAAAUGCAAGACUUUAAGGCAUGUUUUAUUUUCAUUACUAUUAUUAAAUAUUAGUACUUUGUCGAGCUGCAUAAUGUUAUCUGUAUUAAAUUAAAGCAAAAAAUCGACUGAGGGUUGAUUUUAUUAAUGGACACUUGUGAGUCAGAUAUAGGACUGUAUAAUGGUUCUUGUCUAAUAUUUUUAUGCUUGCUCAAAUAUAUUAGUUCUGGAUCUUCUCGACGUACCUGUAAG